AUGCGGAUGGCAGAGUGGGCGCAGUCUGUUUUCCCAGCUCUGAGAGAGUCGUUGCUCGGUGCAUCUUCUCCGAUGCCCAAUGUCGCGCUAGCCAUGGCGAUCAUGCUCAUUGCCCUGGAAAUCAUGUCUCCCGGUGCAUUUGGCCGGGGCGUUUCGUGGCGCGAGCAUGUUGCCCAUGCGAGAGGUCUCCUUGCCAAAUGUUUGGACCAAGCUCCCCAAGACGCCACGGUGGAGGGGAUAUGGUUCAUACAGAGUUGGUUGGGUUACAUAGACAUCAUGGGCAGUCUCAUGGCAGGGCCGCUUUUGGAUUUGACUUGUAAGUCACAGGUCUACUUCCAGCUGUCUGAGCCUCGUAUCUGUGCCAAUGAUUUGGACGAGAUUGACUGCAUGAUGGGGAUAUCGGUGAAAUGCGCUCGCUUGCUUGGUCAAGUGGCAGAGUUGGCCAAGCAAUGUCAAGGCGAACGAUUCAGGCUGGACGGCCAGUUGUUGCAGGGCUGGUGUCCUCAGCCAACCAUGGUGGAACAAGCACUAUUGCUGGAAAAGCACCUGAUGGAGAGUCUGAGGCAAUCUUCAAGACCUUGUCCGCAUGUGAGGGCCGGCAGUAUUCACAUGAAGGACUUGGCGGAAAUGGCUGGUGUGAACGAGGCCUUCCACUGGGCUGGCCUGAUACAUUUGCACCGCAGAGUCCUCGGAAAGGCAACCGACCACCCGGACGUACAAGGAAGUGUGCGGAAGAUUAUGCAGUGUCUAGAGCAGAUUGGAACUCGGGGUGUGGCCAAGACGCGCUACCUUUUCCCGAUAUUCACGGCAGGCUGCGAGGCCCUCACGGAGCGUCAGCAGACGAAACUCCUGGGACGGUUAACCAAUGCGGAGAAGAGCGGCAUGAGACAGCAAGUCUGGACAACCGGCAAGGUGUGGGAAGAGCUCAUUUACAACGAAUUUGUCGCAUGA